UCAAACAAACCUGAAACCCCCGCUCUCUCUCAAAAAAAAAGAAAGAGCUAAUGGCGGCGUCGGGGGUAGCAUCGCCGACAAGAACGGAGGUUUUACAGCUUUACCGUUCACUGCUGCGAGUGGCACGGCAGUUCUGUGACUACAACAUAAGGGAGUACACAAAACGACGAACCAUCGAUGCGUUUCGAGACAACAAGAACUUAACAGACCCUUCUCAGCUGUUCGCCGCUUUCUCCGAUGGCAAAGCUCAGCUGGAAGUCGCUAAACGACAAGCCGUCGUUUAUUCCCUCUAUGCUCCUAAUGUCAAAAGCAUUAUGGAUAUUAAGCCCUCUUAAAAAAUUACUUUUUGCUUCCUUUUAUUUUUUAGAAAAAAGAAAUAAACUGUGAUUUAUUGAGAAAAAGUAAGUGUUUUUAUGGUGUCUGAAGUUGAAUUUUUGUUAUUUAAUACAAGUUUUCGAUUAGUGGCAU